AUGGUGCUGGAGGCCACGACAGCUGGCAUGUUUGCCGCAGCUUCGGCGCUUGGCGACGAGGUUUGGACUUUUUGGACUUUCGCAAGCAGUUUGAUACUCGCGAUCUUGAUAGGUGCGUGUCUCAUGUCGUCCGUUGGCGUUAAGAGGGCUGCCAGCGGUACUGCCACGGCUGCAACCAGCCUUGUUGAAUUCGAUGAGGAGGAUUUUUUGUCCAUGGGCAUGCCGGAGCAGCCCCACUUGGAGGGAGGGUUUCAGCCGCCCAACAGGCUUAUUCACAGCAAUAGUGCCGAAGCUUUCGACUUUGACAACGAGAACUGCAAAGGCCAGUUCCUACCGCUGCAUCGUCCAACGUACGAUAGUCGACUCAACGACUCGGGCCAGUACCGCUAUGGCGAGCACUUCACUGGCAAAAAGCGCUUGUGGGAGCUCCGCUUGCGCCUCCAAUUCAAGAGACGGCUAAACCAGACGGAUCUUUUCUUUGCAGUUGAACUGGAGGAGUACGUGCCGCUGUCGGCUGCGACCAAGCGUGUGAUGGAUCUUUCAGUUGGCGGCAUGCGCCAGGUUGUCGGUGAUCGGCUUUACCACACCCCUGGUGAUCCUACGGAGGUGGCGGGCGAGCGAGAGCGCCCCACGAUCGCGAUGCCCUUGUGGACCUUCGACCAGUUCAUCGAGACGCCUGAGGGUGAGACGCCACCCGAACUGACGGAUCCCAAUCUCCAUGAGCAUGGCCACAGAAGGUUCGGUCAGCUCCGAGAGUACCGUCGAAUGGUGGACUCGUUGGACCUUAGGCCUGGGCCUACCUUCACUUUCUGCUUCUGGGGGGUGAGCCGCUUCUGCGACGUCAUCGAAUGGCAGGCCACAGGCAUCCCGAUCUUCACGCCACUGGAUCUCAAUCUCUACUGUGGCAGACCUCCGCUUCACCUGGUGCUCUACACCUUGGAAGGUGCUGGCACUGGAGAAGAAAAGCGGCAUUUGCAGUCUCGGAAGACUUACUUUUUCCGAUGUGGAUUCUGGAGUUCACUGAAGCGCCCCAGCAAGGAGCAGCGCUGA